GUCAGGAAAUAUUCAUGGGAGAAGAAUAGUAAGUAAGUUAGCUUGGCCAGAGCAUAGAAUAUAUGAAGGAGAGAAGAAUGUAAGAAGACUGUAAAAGAAGCCAAGAGAUUUGAUCCAUCACUUAUAAGCCCAGUGAAGCCACAUUUUCUGGGUCUCCUUGGUUAGACUGGGUCAGAGAACAUGCUUCUUCACACCAGGAGUCACAUGGAAAAAGAGAUGAGCAUCGUCCAAGACACCAGGGAACCAGGAGACCUCUGACUUCCUCACAUAUUUCAGUUAGAUCUAAAGAAGGCUGAUCAUGAGGCUCCUCAGGAUAUUCUUGCUGCUCUCUGUGACUCUGUGCUGCUUCUUGGAUACUAUUCAAGCUCAAGAAUUCCCCCGAGUGGCUAUAUGCCAUUAUAAAAUUCCUGGAUGCACAAGACACUAUAGACCUAUCUGUGGCACUGAUGGUCGUACCUAUGCCAAUCACUGCGUUCUGUGUCAAGAAAAUGAUAAAAGAGAAGUUCAGGUCCUCAUUCAAAAACAUGGAGAAUGCUGAGGAAGCAAGAUAUCCGGGAACCCCCACUAGGGUUGUUCCAUUGCUGGCGUACUUUCAUUUUUAAUAAAUACAUGAUAUUGA